AUGGCUCAGCAUCGCCCUCGGAGCACGCUCAUCCACCCCGCGCCAAUUUUUCGCACCACACCUCAGCUUCUACUCUCAGCAGACACAGUCCAGCGACCAAGUAUUAGCGCAUCGCGGACCACGAAUAACAGUGCCUCUGGCCGAAGAAAGGUCAGACUGGAUGCGGAGCACAGGCCGAGCACCAGAAAGAGACUCGCCGUGACAGGCAACGAAUCAAGUGGCAGAAGAGAGCGUCCAAUCCGGCGGAGAAAGGAUGACGAUCAGGACAUUGGUCGAAAUGAUUCAGAGAAUGGGUUCGAGAUCAUCCACCCAUACAUUCGAACGCCCACGGCUCAGCCAGCAGACCCCGUCGAGCCGCAAAGACCCGUCUGGAACGUGAAAGGCAUUACCGGAAAGAUCACCACCAGACACGGACUUGUCAAGUGGCUGGUGGACUGGGAGUCCACCACAGUCCUUGUCGGUGCGGUCAACAAGAGCGCCGAUGGUCAGCUGCGGGUGUUGAUACAUGACUUGAUGUGGUAUGGCAUAGCCGAGACUCUGCCAGCACGUCCUCAUCCCGAGACUGGCGAGGAAAGAUGCAGGGUGGGCUGGAAACAGCGUUGGUGCUGGACAUGGUCACUCUCCAGUGCUCUGGAGAAGAUGAGCGAGUGUAUCGAAAAGUAUCCCGGUGCGGUAGGUGACCGCUAUCUCGAACCGCGGUUUUGGCAAGAGUCUCGCAAGCUCGGUCCUCACACGCUGCCACCUGAAACUGAGAGUGGACCAAGAGGCGAUUUUGAGCUCGAGGGCAAUCACCUCUAUCCGGAAGAAGGGAGGGACUACACGAUGCCAUUUCUCACAUACUACUUGGACGCCGUUGAACACCUCUCUCCGAGCUGCAAGCGGCUACUGAACGUACCAAUCCGUCAACGACUGAUCUUCAGCUCGGACUUUGUCCUGACAGAGAGAGGCAUCUCGGUGUGGCGUAACGUCAGACAACUGCUGGCGUAUGUUGUUGGCCAAGCGAGAGACUGGCCAUGUCACCGCUGCGCAAACGGUCGUGGGCCGUUGCAAAAGUGCGUCACGGAAGACAGCGAGUUCAACGGAGCAUGCGUCAACUGCUCGAUUGACAGACAGACGACGUCUUGCGAGUGGCAUCAUAAUUUGCGGCAGAGAGAACGAACGAAACGGCAGUUGCUCCUAGUGCCUCGUGGCGAGGGAGCAAACAGCGUAAAUUCCAACCCCGAGCUUGACAGAGACCCGUCUUCCGAGAGUGAUAGCGACAAUGACCGCGGCAGCAUCUCCGGCCACUUUGGUCACGAUGACUGUUCGUUGCGCGAUCACUCGCCAGAUACACCACACAGCAGCGUCUCUGGUCGAUCUCAUGGUCGUUCACCUGAACGUCUUGGAUCUUCAUUACAUGCCAGUCCCGUACCAGUGCAACCUGCGCAAAGCAACGACGAGAGCCCGCCUCCUGCCACUGCGAUGGACAGCAUCGAGUUUGAUGACAGACAAUCCGUCCUCGACUCCAAGAUCCUCCCUAAAAAGAACCUUGACGCCAAGCAGAGAUGGAGUUCACGAAGAACUGAGAAAGGACGAGAAACACCCUCCAAGUUCGACGACUAUCGUCUCGCCUCCGCCCUCUUCCUCAACCAUCAGUCAAAAAGAGCGCCGCCACAAACGAGGACGACUCGAGCUAGUCAUGCCAAGAUUCGCACAACCCGGUCAUCACGGACUCUGCAACAAGCAUCCUCACAAAGCUUGCCGCGACUCAGACAUCGGAUACUCGCACUUAAGAGCCAAUAA